ACCACAUCCACAUCUACUCAUUGUCUCUCUUUCCAUCCACCAUCCAACAAUGUCAAACACAAACGGCUCUCCACAGGCCGACGCUGCCGCACCAUCCAUCCCGACCACGGCCCAGAUAAACGGCACGUCGCCAGCUGCGAGCGCGUCCUCGACCCCAGCGCAGCCAGCACCAGCUACAACAACCUCAGACGCGGGUCCAUCAAACGCGGUCAAGGCCGAGCCGGAUGCCGGAUCUUCUGGCCCAGAACCAAUCGCUGUCGACGAGGAGGAAGGAGACAAGGGCAAGGAGAAGGACGAGGACAAGGCCGAGUCGCAGCUCUUUGCGACGCGCCGCGAGGAGGAGAUUGCUCGCAGCGACAGGAGCUUGGCCGAGUUCCUGGUCAUGCUUGACGGGUACAAGCCUCUGAUUCCCGAGGAGGUGACCGAGUACUACCUUCAGCGCGCCGGGUUCGAGUGCAACGACCCACGGCUAAAGCGCCUGUUGUCACUCUCGGCCCAGAACUUCAUCUCGGACCUCUCACGCGACGCGUUCCACUUUGCCAAGCUCCGCGUGAGCGGCACGACCGCGGGCCGUGGCCGUCCGUCCGCUGGUGUGGACCGUAACCGCGUCGUCCUGACGAUGGACGACCUCAGCCUUGCCCUCGGCGAGCACGGCGUCAAUGUCAAGAAGCCAGACUAUUACCUGUGAUUGGGCAUGGAGCC